AUGACAAUCAUUAUAAAAAGUUUCUAAAUAUUGAUGCUUCGUUAAGAUAGUUUAAGAUAAACAUACCGACAAGCUAAUAAUCACUAUUUUCAUCAAGCUUUACAGAGACUGCUUAGCCGUUUAAGCCGUCAACAAGGAAUAUUCUUUUUUCGUAAUUUUUUAUAAACAGCUUUUUAAAACCUCUUUCUAUUUGUUAGCUAUCUCCGUUUAAGAUAUGAAAGUUAGGUGUUACAUUCAAUUGAAUAUUUUAACUGUCUACACUCAAAACUAUAGGGUUUUCAAUGUCUUAUUUAUAGUUAUCGAAUUCAGGAGAAAGAUAGUAUUUAGUUUAAGCCAAUUGCUUAAUAUUCUAAAAAACAAGUUGUAAUUUAUCAACCAUUGAUUAAUUAUGUCCUAAGAGAACAAAAUAAUAUCUUCCUUUUAGAGCCUCACUGGAGAUUUAGCCAUUCUAAGACUAUAAAACCCAAGGCUUUACUUCUAAUGAGAGCUAAGCAUCUAAUGCUUUCUUAUUCUAAUUAAUUGCUUUUUAAUCAUCGAUGA